AUGGGGAGGAAGAAGGGAUUGCCGGAGUUCGAAGAGACGGCGCCGGAUGGAUUCGAUCCGGAGAACCCAUACAAGGAUCCGGUUGCGAUGGUGGAGAUGAGGGAACACAUCGUCCGCGAGAAGUGGAUACAAAUCGAAAAGGCUAAGAUCCUGCGGGAGAAGGUCAAAUGGUGUUACCGCGUCGAAGGCGUUAACCAUUACCAAAAGUGUCGCCAUCUCGUCCAGCAGUAUCUCGACUCCACUCGCGGCGUCGGAUGGGGCAAAGACCACCGUCCUAUCUCUCUCCACGGUUAG